AGUCUAGACCCUUAGGCAGGCUCACUUGGCUUGAUAGGAGUCUGUCCAUCGUUCUGCCAGAUACUACAAAUCCACCGACGACGGAAUAUUUCAUGAACUCAUCACGACCCAAAGACGAUAAUGAGUUGUCGCCUAAACCUAGUGACGAGGAGGCCAAUCGUCUCUUACAAUCCUCAGCCUCAUCGGACGAUGAGGAAGCGGCGUUCGACUCGCGGGAAAAAAUCCUGAUCGCGGAUGUGGAAUCCUUAGACGUUAACCAUGUGCCGCCUUUCUCGUGGAAAAAACUGUGGCUGUUCACGGGGCCUGGUUUUUUAAUGAGCAUCGCUUUUCUGGAUCCGGGGAAUUUAGAGGGAGAUCUCCAAUCGGGGGCUAUAGCAGGGUACUCGCUUCUUUGGCUGUUGAUGUGGGCAACGAUCAUGGGAUUGUUGAUUCAAUUACUGUCGGCUCGGGUUGGGGUGGCAACAGGCCGGCACUUGGCGGAGCUGUGUAGAGAUGAGUACCCGAAUUGGGCCCGCUACCUGUUGUGGUUCAUGGCUGAAGUGGCGUUAAUCGGAGCGGAUAUUCAAGAGGUUAUUGGGAGUGCUAUUGCUAUUCAGAUUUUGAGUAAUGGGGUGUUGCCGCUUUGGGCUGGUGUUUUAAUUACUGCGUCCGAUUGUUUCCUAUUUUUAUUUCUAGAGCAAUAUGGAGUAAGAAAAUUAGAAGCUGUUUUUGCUGUACUAAUUGCGACGAUGGCUCUGUCAUUUGCCUGGAUGUUUGGGGACACACAACCCAGUGGAAAGGAACUUUUAUUGGGUAUUUUGGUUCCAAGACUGAGCACAAGAACUAUUAGGCAAGCUGUGGGUGUUGUGGGUUGUGUCAUUAUGCCUCAUAAUGUAUUUUUGCAUUCUGCUUUGGUACAAUCAAGAAAUAUUGAUCCCAACAAGAAAGGCCGUGUUCAAGAAGCACUAAACUAUUACUCAAUUGAGUCAUCCAUUGCCCUUUUAGUUUCCUUCGUGAUCAACUUAUUUGUAACAACUGUUUUUGCCAAAGGAUUUUAUGGUACUCAGCAAGCUGAUGGUAUAGGAUUAGUUAAUGCAGGGCAAUAUCUUCAGGAGAAGUAUGGCGGAGGAUAUCUUCCAAUUCUUUACAUCUGGGGUGUUGGGUUACUGGCAGCUGGACAAAGUAGUACAAUAACUGGAACUUAUGCUGGUCAGUUUAUCAUGGGAGGCUUUCUCAACCUUCGCGUAAAGAAAUGGCUGAGGGCUCUAAUUACAAGAAGCUGUGCAAUUGUGCCGACUAUAAUUGUAGCUCUCAUAUUUAACACUUCUGAGUCUUCAUUAGAUAUUCUAAAUGAAUGGCUUAAUGUGCUUCAGUCAAUACAAAUUCCCUUUGCUCUUAUUCCCCUUCUUACCUUGGUGUCCAAGGAGCAGAUCAUGGGAGUCUUCAAGAUUGGGCCUUUCUUGGAGAGACUUGCAUGGACUGUGGCUGCUCUGGUGAUUGUCAUUAAUGGUUACUUGUUGCUAGAUUUCUUUUUUUCUGAAGUUAAGGGACUGUUGUUUGGAUCUCUAGUCUGUGCUGCCACUGCUGCUUAUGUAGCAUUCAUCAUUUAUCUAGUCACUCGUAGUGGUGAGCUUUCUCCAACAUGGCGCAGUUUAGAAAUGUCCAAGAGAGUCACAUGUUCAGGAAAUUGACUCUUCAAGAGGAACAAUGAAAUUGCAGAAACUUGCUGCUGUUGAUUAAAGUCUGCCAUAGAUAGCACGAAGAUUGUGUAUUAACCAUUCAAGAAGCUCUUGAGUAUUGCUAACCUACAGCAUCCCUAAAAUGAGUACACAGAUUUAAAAAAUUCAAAGCAGUCAGCUGUAACUACACCAUUUUACACAAUGCCACAGUGAAGCUACAUGAAGUCAAGUUUCCAACAAUUGCGUGAUGAUACUCAAUUGUCCAUUUUGGCUGGUGAACAAAGCUUCCUUCCAACCUUCAAAAUAAAUCACUUCAAUAGAUGAUAAAUUUUUGUGCUAAAGUAAAAUUUGAAUUUGAGUGUUGAAUUGUACUUCAAUGUAAACUCAACAUAGACCUCCAGUUACCAGGUACUAUUCCAUGAAAGAAAAGAAGUUUGACAA